AUGAAAAUGAUGUCAAUUAAAACAUUAGGACCAAAUAAUUUAAUAAAAUCAAUUUUUUCAAAACAAAAUGAAUUAACAAAAUCAGCAGCAACUAUAUUAGAUUUUAAAAAUUCACCACAAGAAUCAUUAGAUAAUAUAAUAACAAGAUCAGAUAAAGAAAUUGGUGGAUUUUCAACAGUUAAUUUUCAAUAUGAUGAAAAUGAAAAAUGUGGUCAAUUUUCAGGAAAUUUAUCAUUAGAUUUACCAAAAAAUAAUCCUCAAAUUACAAGAUCUGGUUAUGCAAUGUUUAGAACAAAAGAUCAAUCUCAAAGUUGGUUAAAUGGUGAUAAAUAUUGGGAUUGGUCAAAUUUUAAUAAUUUAGUUAUGAGAGUUAAAGGUGAUAGAAGAAAAUAUUUAGUUAAUAUUCAAGCAAAUACUCCUUUAGUUACUGAUUUAUUUCAACAUAGAUUAUUUUUAAAUAAUCCUGGUCAUUGGGAAACUGUUAUUAUACCAUUAAAUGAUUUUGUUAUGACAAAUUGGGGAGUUAUACAAGAUGGAUCAGAAUUAAAUAAAUCAGAAAUUAAAACUAUUGGUAUUGGAUUAUUAGAUAAACAAUAUGGUCCAUUUUCUUUAAAAAUUGAUACUAUAAAAGUUAUGACUGGUGGACAAAUUUUACAAGAUAAUGAACAUUCUCAUCAAGAUAAAUUGAAUAUUUUAGAAGAGGAGAAUAAUAAUUCUUUUAAUGAUGAUGGUGGAGCUUUAGGUAGAAAUACUUACUAUAAAAAAGAUUGA